AUGGGUCAAAAAGUGGUGACCCCCCUGAGUUUAACCCUAGAUCAUUGGAAAGACGUUUGGAAGAUCCCCUCCAACCAGUCAGUAGACGUCAAAAAGGAAAAAUGGCAAACUUUCUGCUCCUCAGAAUGGCCCACUUUCAAUGUGGGCUGGCCAAGGGAUGGAACUUUUAACCUCUCUACUAUUUUACAGGUGAAAGCUAAAAUGUUUGAUCGUGGCCCACACGGACACCCAGAUCAGGUCCCCUAUAUAGUUACCUGGGAGAGUCUGACAGUCGACCCGCCACCCUGGGUUAUUCCUUUCAUACCUCCUCAACCUACCCCACUGCUGCCUAUCCCUGCCCCUACCUCCUCCUCUUGUUGUCCAGUUGAUACCAAGAAGCCCCUAAAACCAGUACUUCCCCCAGACCCCAACAACCCCCUUAUAGAUCUCCUCUCGGAGGAGCCCCCUCCCUAUAGAUCUCAGACCCAAGAUACCCCUAGUCACCAGCCACCAGCUCCUUCGGCCCCACCCGAGCUCCCUUCCCCAGUGGCUGGACGUCUGAGGAGCCACCAAGAGCAGCCACCUAAGAAGGAGACUUCACAAGCCUUUCCCUUGAGGCAGGGGCCAGGGGAACAGGUUCAAUAUUGGCCCUUCUCUGCCUCAGACUUAUAUAAUUGGCAGACCCACAACCCGCCUUUCUCCAAAGACCCUACUGCCUUGACUAACCUGAUUGAGUCUAUUUUAGUCACCUAUCAACCCACUUGGGAUGACUGCCAACAGCUCCUACAGGCUCUUCUCACGUCAAAAGAAAAGCAGAGGGUCUUCCUGGAAGCCCGAAAGAAUGUACUGGGCGACGAUAGGAGACCUACCCAGAUACUAGAUGAGAUCAAUGAUGCUUUCCCUUUGACUUGCCCUAAAUGGGAUCACGCCUCAGCAGAUGGUAGGGGGCACCUAAGCCUUUAUCGCCAGUUGCUCAUAGCGGUCCUCCGUGGCGCUGGGUGCCACCCUACUAAUUUGGCCAAGGUAAAGCAAGUUUUGCAAAAACCAGAUGAGUCUCCUGCUGCCUUUCUAGAGAGAAUUAAAGAAGCCUAUCGCAUGUACACCCCCUAUGAUCCGGAAGAUCCAGAUCAGGGGGUAAAUGUAUCCAUGACUUUUAUUUGGCAGUCUGCCCCAGAUAUUAGAAAUAAGCUCCAGAGAUUAGACAAUUUACAGGGACAGACUCUCCAGGAUUUAUUAAAGGAAGCAGAGAGGAUUCUUAAUAAACGGGAGACAGCAGAAGACAGAGAGGAACGCCUACGCAGGGAGGCAGAGGAUAGAGAAGACAAGCUUAGAAAAGAAGCAGAAGAAAGGAAAAAUGCUAGGGAAUGCAAGAGAAGCAGAGAAUUGAGCCGCCUCUUGGCCACUGUAGCACAGAAAAAUGAUAGGACUAAUAGACUAGUGCAGUUUAUGCGGGACAGACUCUCAGUCAUCCAAACCUUGGUCCUUACUAAUCAAUAUCAGUAUCAAACAUUACGCCAAAAUGACACCGAGUUAAAGAUAUUAAUAGGGCUGCUCAAAUACGAAGUACUGAGACUAAAAGUAAGGAGGGGGCAUCAGGGAAAACUAAUUAUCAACAGACUUUCUAGGAAUGGAGACAAAGAGAAAGAAAAGCAAGAACACAGAACUACAGGUUUGAGGUGGGGCAUGACUCGGAAUGCAAAUGUGGAGAGAGUUGUGUCUAACCCAUAUGCUAAGAAGGGAUGUCCAGGUGAUAAAGACACUGGAGCUGUUGCUGCUAUAGACGUCAUGACCAGGAAGAGGACUAGGAAAUGGAGCCACGGUCAGCAAGUCAGAGAAAAUCUCAGAGUUAUGAUUAAGUGCUUCAUGACCAAACAGACCUAUAAUCGUGGUUACUUUGAAUAG